GGUCUCUACAUCAAGCUGGGGCAAGGUCUCUGCACCUUCAAUCACCUUCUGCCCCCCGAAUAUAUCACCACGCUGCGGGUGCUGGAGGACCAGGCGCUGCCCCGGAGGACCAAUGAGGUGGACGAGAUCUUCCGGGAAGAUUUUGGUGAACCCGCCGAGAAGCUCUUCCGAAAAUUUGACCAAAAACCGAUGGCGGCGGCGAGUCUAGCCCAGGUGCACCGCGCCACCCUCCAUGACGGUACCGAGGUGGCCGUGAAGGUCCAGUACAUUGAUCUCCGGGAGCGCUUCGAUGGCGAUAUCCGGACUCUGGAACGGCUCCUCCGGCUCAUUGAGUUCAUGCAUCCCAAAUUUGGCUUCAGUUGGGUUCUGAAGGAUCUGAAGCACACGCUGGCGCAGGAACUGGAUUUCGAGAACGAGGGGCGGAACGCAGAGCGAUGUGCGCAGGAUCUUAAAUAUCUCCUCUACGUCCUGAUACCCAACGUACACUGGAAGUUCACCAGCAAGGACCCGCACCCCGGCAAUGUUCUGGUGAAUGUUGGGCUGGACGGGAAAGCGCGGCUGGUUCUCCUGGACCACGGACUGUACGAGUUCCUAAGUCAGAGGGAUCGCACGGCGCUGUGUAAACUCUGGAGGUCCAUCGUUCUGAGGAACCAUCCGGGCAUGGCGGAAUACUCGGCAGAGCUCGGCGUGAAAGAUUACUUCCUGUUCUGUGAGAUUCUGCUGCAGCGGCCGCUCUCCCUCACUGGAAUGCUGGGGAACACCCUGACGCGGGAGGAGACGCAGUACAUGCAGGAUAUGGCCAAGGAGCAUUUUGAUGACAUCAUGAGAGUCCUUCGAGCUUUGCCGCGCCCAAUGCUGCUGGUGUUCCGGAAUCUUAACACGGUCCGGGCCCUGAAUAUUGGGCUGGGGGCCCCGGCGGACCGUUAUCUCCUCAUGGCACGCAGUGCGGUGCGAGCGUGGCGACGUCUAGCGGAGUUGAACUCCUUAACCUCGGCACCUCGCUCUUUCCAUCUCCGCCAACCUCGCUCUUUCCAUCUCCGCCAACCUCGCUCUUUCCAUCUCCGCCAACCUCGCUCUUUCCAUCUCCGCCAACCUCGGCACCUCACCCUUUCCAUCUCUGCCAACCACAGCGAGUACAUUUCACGUUUCACCCACGGGGUCCUCCCUCUCCCCUCCGGACUGUACAGAAGAUGUCUCCACAACAAAAGCCACGCCCCCCCCCUUCGCUCGGUGGUCCUACGCUGGACUCUCACCCCGUCAUCUCCCAAACUGAACACUUUAAGAAAGGCUGCCUGUCGGCCUUUUGGCUAA